AGACCUUUUACAGAGUUAUAUAAUAACUAGAAAUACAGAAAUUGAGUGAUGAACACAUCAGGUUUGCAUUGCUGACAUUUAUGUCCUCCUCUUUUUUGAAGGGAAUGAAAGCUGCAGGAAAUCUGUCAAGAGCUGAAUUUCUAGGGUCGUGAGAUACCACCCGAGAGCAGUGCACAAUGACAACUGCAGGAGUUGCUGCUCAGGAGAUGAGAGUCCAAUUAAAAAAUGGGUUUCUUCACACUAGUCAAGGCAUGGGGAGUCUGAAAACCUGCUGGGGUAGCCACAGUGGAUUUGAAAAUACUUUCUUUAAUGUGGACCCUAUAGCUGUGGCAUAUAACUUGAAUCCAUCAACAGAGCAACAUUUAUCAUCCACUGGGCACUCUUCCAACCAUGCUUCCACAAAUGACCACAGCUUUGCUGAAAACUGCAUCCAAGUCCCACCUCAGAAACCCAGUCCACCUCCUGUAAGUUCCAAAAACGAGCAGCCAAGCUCAAGACCUGAAGACCACCUCAUUCCCAGCUUUAGUAAACUGUCGUUAACCAUGGGCUGUGUUUCUGAAGCAGCACAUCCUCACAUGCCACUGAAAAAUGGGCCAAUUCAAUUUCUAUCUGCAUCUUCCAGUGACCGUAGCUCCAGGCCACUACCCCCUCUGCCUAUUUCUGAAACCCUUACUCCAGAUGAGGAUGACAAAGAGGUGGAAUUCCUGACUAGCUCAGAUACUGACUUUUUGUUAGAAGAUUAUGAACUUCCUCCUUUUAAAUCCAGUGCUCCAAGUCGGCGGAGCUUUAGGGGCUGUGGACAGGUCAAUUAUGCAUACUUUGAUACACCAACAGGACCAAAACCAGAAGGUGCCAACCCUACACAAAGCCUCAGUGGAUACGUAUCCGGUAUUUAUCCUCCUCCACAGCAGCUGCAUCGACGUUUACGAAGGUCCCAUUCUGGGCCAGCUGGAUCUCUUAAUAAACCAGUAGUAAGACUGUCUGGACACUUAAACAGGUCUUCUCCAAACUCUGAUGAAGAUAAACCAGAGAUUCCACCAAGGGUUCCCAUACCUCCAAGGGCUCUCAAACCAGAUUACAGAAGAUGGUCAGCAGAAGUUGCUUCUAGUGCAUACAGUGAUGAAGACAGGCCUCCAAAAGUGCCCCCAAGGGAACCUUUGUCAUGCAGCAAUUCCCGUACACCAAGUCCCAAAAGCCUGCCAUCAUACCUCAAUGGGGUUAUGCCCCCCACCCAGAGUUUUGCACCUGAUCCUAAGUAUGUCAGCAGCAAAGCUCUACAAAGACAAAACAGUGAAGGAUCUUCCAACAGGGUCCCUUGCAUUCUUCCAAUUAUUGAAAAUGGUAAGAAGGCCAGUUCAACACACUACUAUCUGCUGCCUGAAAGGCCUCCUUAUUUGGACAAAUAUGAGAAAUACUUCAGAGAAGCAGAAGAGAGUAGCUCUAACACAGAGAUUCAGUCCUGGCCUAGAGACUGCACAGCCACUUCAGCCCCAACAAAACUGGACUCAAAACCUAGAAUGGACAUAGCUGGUCACCUGAAACGAAAGCACCUGUCUUACGUGGUUUCUCCAUAGUCUCUGGGAGCAUGGUCUCAGCUCAUUUAUCAUGUUACAAUACUCUGGAGGUUCUCAGAUAACAAAGUAGGAUCCGUUUGUCCUCCACGAAAUGGAAAAAGGAUGAAGUCCUUAUGCUGCAUAUCUCUGAUUUGUUUCUUAAGACUGUUCUCUGUCUUGCUAUAUACAGCUGGAACCCUGCAAAGGUUGCAUAGAAACAUGGAGGGAUAGUAGUCACAGUUGGCCAGUUACAUGCUACCUAGAGGAACGUAUUUGGUAGUCACGUUAUCAUCAACAACAAAAUCAAUCUGUGUUUGCUUAAGAGUUACUUAGAAAGCUGACAGCAGAUAAUGCAGUACAGUUUUUGUAUCAGGUAUUUCCAAAAGUGUUUUCACACAGUAACUGCUGAGAACAGACUAUCAUCUUUGACUGGCGUAUGCCGACCUGGUUAGAAGGUAACUGCAAGAUCUGAUAGCCACUUCAAGACUUGGCAAGCGUAUUGGAAGCGUGUUUCAAAAGAUGAAUCUACUUUAAAACUUAAUUUGACACUAAUAGGUUUUGUGGAUUCUUUCAGUUGCUAGACACACUUCUGUUGCUUGGCUCAGUUUGGCAGUUUUUCCUAGGAGAUAUUUGGACCAGCUACUGCCAAACCUCUGCUGCUUCUUUUUUUCCUGAUGGAUCCGAGUUA